AUGAUUAUGGCCCCUCUGUGGCCAUGCAUGGCCGCCUUCCUAGUUGCCCUGCCAGUGGCUCUAGCAGGACAUGGCGACGCUAUCUCCCAAAAAUAUUUUGUCGAGUUUACUGAUUCCAAGACCUCGUCCGCCAGCUUCCUCUCCACCCUCAAUGACCACGGCAUUCCAGCCAGUCUCAACCAUGACCUGUCCUUCGCUCUUUUCCAUGGUGGAUCGUUUACUCUGUUAGACAGCAAGCAGAACGAGGCUGCCAUUGUCAAGCAAAUCUCCUCGUGGCCUGUGGUCAAAAAGAUCUCCCCGGUACGGGAGCUGCACCAACCUCAGCGCCCCGUUUCAAGUGUCGGCCACGGCGCGCCCGUCCGCCAUAUUCCUGCCCCUCACGGUCUCCGACGCCGUGACACGACGGGUCACGAAGGCAACGACUACCCACACAUCAUGACUGGAGUUGACAAGUUGCGCCAGGAGGGCUACCUGGGUACAGGAAUUCGCGUAGCGGUGAUCGACUCGGGCGUUGACUACAAGCACCCCGCUCUCGGAGGGUGCUUUGGCAAGGGUUGUCUGGUUGAAUUCGGCUUCAACUUCCUCGACAACACUACCGACCCGUGGGAAGGCCACUCUGGACACGGAACUCAUGUCUCUGGACUGAUCGCAGCUCAGCCCAACCCCUACAACUUCACGGGCGUAGCCCCGAACGUGACUCUUGGUCAUUACAAGAUCCUUGGAAAGCGGACAGUGAAACUUGGUACUGACCUCGUUGCUGCCGCUUUCAAGAAGGCCUACGAGGACAAAGCAGACAUUAUCUCUGCAUCGUUUGGCACUUACAAGGGCUGGAGCGACGAACCGUGGGGACAGCUGAUCCAGAAAUUGGCCGAGGCUGGUCUUCCCUCGUUCGUUGCCAGUGGCAAUGACGGAAGUAAUGGCUUGUUCCUGGCCUCAAAUGGUAUCGACAAUUCUGCUGGCAUCGGCAUCGGAUCCUUCAACAACGUGUAUAGUCCAUUGCUGCUGCCUGGAGCUUCCUAUUCCACGGGGAACACCACUAAGGAGUUUGUUUGGCAAAUCGCGGGUACCUCCGACUUCAGGAAUGGCACCUACUCUCUCUACCCGAGCAGCCUGAAUGCAUCUGUCAUUGGUGAUUCUUGCGAGCCAUGGACAGCGGGCCACCAGAACAUCUCCGACAAGAUCGUCCUGAUCCGCUACGGUGGCUGCCACGGCAGUGAGCAGCAGGCCCACGCGGUCAACGCCGGUGCUAAGAACAUCCUGUUUUAUAACAAUGAGCCGGGCACCUAUGAGCUUCCUGUCCAGAACCCUGCUCUGGUGGGCCUAGGAAUGGUCUCUGCCCAGACUGGCGAGAACUGGGUGAAACUGGCCGCCACUGGAGCCAACAUUACUCUGCACAUGACCAGCGCAAAGUACGCUAAAACCAUCUUCAUCAAUGAGACCAACCCUCAAUCUGGUGGCCACGUGAAUGAUGUUACCGAAUGGGGGCCCAGCAACGAACUCCUUCCUGUGACCGCAGUUUCGGGAGUCGGUGGGUUCAUGCUGUCGACAUGGCCGCUCCUUGAGGGCGGCUAUGCUGUGGAUAGUGGUACUUCGAUGGCGACGCCCUACGUUGCUGGCUGCGUUGCUCUCCUGAUGGAGGCUCGGGGAAAGGGCAAGGUAACCCCUGCUGAGAUCAAGUCUCUGUUGACGACCACUGCUAGGCCCAAUGUGUUCCAUGAUGGCGUUACAGCCUCGCCCUUCUUGGCCUCCGUGGCGCAGCAAGGAGGUGGCCUUAUCGAUGCCUACAAACUUGUGCAUACCACCACCAAGUUCAAUGUGAGCACCAUCGCCUUCAAUGACACCGAGCAUCUCGCCCCGGCGUGGAUCCGCAUCAACAACACCGGUUCCGAGCCGCGUGUCUACAAUGUCGGCCACGUGGGCGCCGCUACCGUCUACACUCUGUCCGACAACAGUUCCAUUCCGCAAAACAACGAACUCGGCCACUUCGUGGACCGCACUACCGAGGGCGCCUCGCUCAAGUUCAGCUCAUCCAUCGUGCUCGUGGCCCCCGGCGAGUCUGCCGUGCUGAAGGUCACUGCUACCCCGCCCAAGGGUCUCAUCUCCCGUCGCAUCCCCGUCUACAGCGGAUACGUCACCUUCAACGGAACCUCAGCGGAUGAUUCCUUCUCGGUUCCCUACCUGGGGGUUGCCACCGCCAUGCGCAACGUGACGAUCCUAGACACCACGCAAGGCAGCAACUAUAUCAUCGACAGUACCACCCAGAAACGCGUCCAGGCCAACCACCAGUUCGUCCUGCCGAGCAAGAAUGGCCCCACCCACCGCGCAAACACAAGCUACCCCAUCUUCCAGACCCAGCUCUCAAUGGGAACGGAUCUGCUGCUCGUCGGCGUCCAGUCGGCAAACAGCCGCACUAUCCUCCCAGUGUCUGAUCCCCAGACAGCCCUCGCUCGGAGUGUUGAUGGUCUUGCUGGCCCCCCACCCAUUUCCUGGAUGGGCAAGUUGGCAAAUGGUUCGUAUGUUUCAGCGGGCAACUACUCUCUGGUUGUGCGUGCGUUGAAAAUUUUCGGCAACCGCACUAACCCGCGGGAUUAUGACACCGUGCGCACGGUCAACUUUGGGAUCAGAUACGCUCCCCCAGCUGACCAUGAAUGA